GCGUAUGUCCCUGGCCUUCGAGCCAUGGAAGUACCAACACGCCUCGCCAGGGCUCAAAAGCCAGAUCUUGGCCAGGCCGCUGGCUGCUGGCCGCCCUUCCGGAAUCGAAACAACAGUACAAUGGCCACAAUGGGCGAAGUGCAUCACAACGAAGCUCCAACCUCAGAGCUGAUCCAAAAUAGCUUGUGCAGUCUCGUUGGCACAAGCUCCAGGCUGACCGAUCCGAGGGCAACUUGGAAGGACAGGGAUAAUAGAGCAUGGAGAGAGGAACUUCGGUCACGUGACGGCCUCCACUCCAACAUCCGCACGGCGUGGCAUAUUGGUGAAAUCAGGUGGAUUCUGAGUCUCGAACCCUCCGAAUGAUCCACUUUCCUUCCACAAAAGUACAAGUCCCCGAUAAAAAUAGCGAGGCCCGUCAUGAUGGAGGGGGAACCGUGUCGCCAUAAAGCCUUACCGCCCAUAGCCCACACCCCCUCCUACCUCUCUACGCCCAUAGCCCACACCCCCUCCUACCUCUCUACGUCCCUCACAACCGCAUCUUGUGAAAGUCUCGAGUUCUCUCUUUCGGCCCAGGCAUCAAAUCGGACACGAAGCUGCACAAUCUACGUGGACGGUGAACUCGGCCAUGGGCACCGGCCACCCGAGUCGCCUCGUACAGUCCCCACUUCGCAAAGUGAGAAAACAGAGGAGGAGGACGAGGAGGAAGAAGAAGAAGAAGGAGAAGGUACAGGAAGUGGGCUGUAAAGGACUCGGUCUUCUCCACACACACUGACCAUCGGAGCUGGAUUCUUCUUUGCAACAUGGAUUCCUAAUGCCUUACGGCCAUCUGACAACAUCUUUUCCCUUUCUAUCCGGUGGUGGAAUACAAUUAAUCAAAGAUGUUUCCCUGCUGCAUUGGGCGGCAGGCACUCUACACUCUGUGGAUAAUGCAGAGGGUGGCGUCAAAGGUCGAGUGAAUUCUGCACUGGUCUCGUCUGGUCCAGGCUCAAGGUCAGGCUCAUGUACCUCGAUCGGUCUGUACUGUACUUAGCGCACUCUUUGCGCUACGUACAGUAUGCGUAGACUCGGUGGACACGACUGCAGUCUCCACGACGUCGGUCUACUCCCAGAAGACGUGGUACGGGUUCUGCUCGCGGGGCUCUUGAGGACUAUCGUACACAGUUGCCGGUUACACCGUGUUCCGACUCUUACGCCCAGUACUGUGGUCGUUUCAACUACUAGUACAUAGUAUCUGUCUGUUGUGCCGACUGUGUAGAGUGUGCUUCCUAGUGUGCCGAGGUUAGAGGCAGGCUGGUCGCUCUCAUUUCACCACUGCCAGAAUCCAGGAAUUUAAAACUUGAGAGCCCCUUUCUGGACGUCCAAUAUUUCUCUUUGAUACGUCGUCACAUCGUGCACUGUUUUCUCGAAAAAGAGACUGAAUCUCAUCGAAAUUCACGAGGAAAGUAAUGGAGAAUGAUGUGAAGUGGAAAUACGCAUGUUUGCAUCACGUAUGCAAAUAUAGUAUGCUCGAGGAUAAGGUUUGACGAUGCUUUGCGUCUCCUGUCGAGCCUUUGUCUCUCAAAAGUGUGAAGUGAUGAAAGUGUAGUGUCUUCGUGACUCUCACUUACGCUUCUCCUGCUGGACGUCAUGGUUUUCCACGAUGGUGCGUGCCAUGUUCGAGUCGGUCGACUGGUGUCCUAAAGCAAGUGAUGUGUGGGCAAAACCUAAGGUUCUAAGGCCUGGAAUUGUGGACCCCCGAUGAUGAAGAAAAAGUGGAUCUCGGCCUGGAGGCUCAUUUUCCAUCAUGCGAAAUGAGCAGCCUGCUGGCACCAUACACUUGUGUUCAGAGUGUGUUGAACUGAAAAAACGGCGUGUGCAAAAUGGCUGAGGACCGGGGCGACACAUGAGAUCGCUGUCUUUAUGUGAGCUGUGGUAGUAUCUCGGACUUCAUAUAACCUUCUCACACCACAAGCUCCGGUCUGUAUUCCGGUCAACAAGUCGGUGGUGUCGGGGAUGGCUUGAGGUGGAAAUUCAUUUCAAAAUUCCGCGUCAAUGACGUUGAUUUAGUGCCUUCAAAUAUCUGUCCUGGAUGGUCCUUUGACUUUCUCUGUACGAGCUGAUUUGCAAAAGGUUUAUGCAGAAGCUUCCGUGCGUUUUUCUCAUGAUCGUACUACUAAUAUGGACUC